GCCUUGGUGAUUUCAAUUUUUUUGAUACGGUUAAAGUUGAGAAAGAAAAUUCUAGCUCCAACUCAGAACUUGCUUCCCAUGGCGACAUUUGAAAGGGUGUCCUUCCAUGAACUUAGACAAAUAACAAAUGGAUUCAGCGAGAGUAACUUACUUGGCUCGGGGAGCUUUGGUUCAGUUUACAAGGGAAUUCGCGAAAAUGGGAUGGUUUGGGCCAUAAAGGUAUUCGAUUUGCAGCCAGAAGGUGCAUUUAAAAGCUUUGACAGAGAAUGUGAAAUCUUAAGCUGCCUUCGUCAUCGAAAUUUAACUAGAGUAAUUACUGCUUGCUCUAGCCCUGACUUUAAGGCUUUGGUGCUCGAAUACAUGCCCAAUGGAAGCCUUGAGAAAUGGCUUCAUUCAAACCCUCAUUUCUUAAACAUCAAGCAAAGGUUGGGUAUCAUGAUAGAUGUGGCUUCUGGUUUGGAAUAUCUCCACUAUGGCUAUUCAAUGCCUAUAGUUCACUGUGACUUGAAGCCUAGCAAUAUUCUCCUAGAUGAAGACAUGGUUGGACAUAUUUGCGAUUUUGGAAUUGCCAAGUUGUUGGGAGACGGAGAAUCUGUGAUGCAAACAAAGACUCUUGCUACAUUUGGAUAUAUUGCCCCAGAUAAAACGGUACAAAGGAAGAUUGAAUGCAUAUCGUCUAUCUUGCAACUUAGUUUAAGUUGCACGACAGAUGCUCCUGAGGAGAGAAUAAACAUGAAAGAAGUUCUAGGAGCAUUGCGGAAGAUCAAACUUCAGUUUAUCAAAGACAUCACGCCUUGA